UGGUCGCGGGCAGCGAGGUGUGUCUGCAGCAGCCGGUGGAGCGCAGGACCUGAUUGCACACACACACACACACGCACUCAUAUAUACAUACACACAGAACCAUACACACACCUGGAUGUGGAGAUAUGUACAACCCUGCAUUUACAAACCGAACCCUACCGCACAUAAACACUCCCAAAAUGAUACACUCCUGAGGAAACUCCCUAGGCAAACGUAUAACAAAAGUGUGGUCGGUCCAUAUACAAAAGCAACACUACACAACCACACGUGCAGACUUUUGAACUUACAAUAGGCAAAGCAAUCGCAAAAGAAAAACCAAGAAAAAAUGACCUCUGCCAAAUUCCGUUGCUUACUGCUGUCGCAGGCAACAUGCUGCUGUCUUUGGACAGCAAGACUGUGAACUCUGCCAUGUCUCUCCCUCCUACCCCCUCUCUGAAAUUCCUCAUCUAGCAAGUCAAAGUGCUGCUGCAAUGUCUUACAGCCUACUGGGAACCUGGUACCAACCCCCCCCACCUGCUAAAUCCAUCUUGGUAUCUAAGUAUUGGUCACUAUUCAAAAUGGCAGCCACUCAUUUGUGAAUACUCAAAAUGAUAAAAAAGAUAACUUAAUUGUUGAAAUACAGAAGAGUCCUAUAAGGGGCGAGGAGAGGGGUGUCGUUUGGGGGGCUAAGCUGCCCUAGAUGCUUAGGUUGGGUCCAUUGGAUCAGUUGUACCUCGUCUUCUAGAACGCAAUGGGGCUAACAAGAUGAACCCUGCUCAGUGAGGAUGUAUUGCAAGGUUUGUUUCCGCUCAAAUCAGGACUACUAUGCAGUCUCCUACACUGUCACAACCCUUUUAAUGACUUUUGAACUGUUGAACCCCCAAUCCCCUCCGAAUGAUGUUUGGCGCUGUCAAGAAGGGCAGCCUGUAUGCAAAAAGGGGAGAUUGAUAUGCCAAUGCACCCUUUCUCAGUAACCAUCGUGUUCUACACACAAGUUGUAUUUUGCUAUUCCUAUGCCAAUAUCAAUUUGUCAGCCCCAGACUUGCUUUUGAUAUCACAGAUCUCAUGUUAAGCACCGUCCAUACUGCUGUCUGCCCUCCUCCCAGCCCCUGAUGCACACACAUGUGUUCACCUUCUCUGCGCUCCAACGUUCUAACCAACACCAAAGAAUGGGUUGAGUUUGGUUGCCCAAGGUUGAGAAAAUCCAUGGCUUUUCAUUAACCGCUAAAGCCAACCGCAUGUUUAUCUGUUUGCUGUGCGUACGUAAGAGCAGUUCUCAGCAAACAAAUCCACUCUGUUGCACAGGGAACGCACUCGGACACUGUCUGAGUUCAGUGCCAUCGAAAGGAGAGCCCAUCGCAAAUUACUUAUGAUGUCAUCUAAAGACGUAAUUUAUUCAUUGUAAGAGAUUGUGAGCAAGUUCAUGCUGACAUUUGGCUUGUCAAUGUUUUCAUCGUUUUUUUUUAAAGUUUGCAUAGACAAUCUGUGACACUGUCUCUUUGUGCUUUGGAAGAACAAUUUAAUGGUUGGCUCUCCCAAUGCGCGAGGUCCCUUGAGCAGUCUGAGCAAUGAAUUUUCCUCUGCAAAUGUGACGCUUCUGUUUGGUUGUAUGUUUGUAUUUAGCUGUUUUUUGACCUUUUCAUACAGGGAGGAGGGUUUAUCGAGUCUUGUUUUUUUAAAGAAAACAUUUUUGCUGCAUUGCUGUUAUUAAUCAAAUGUUUAAGCCUUACUUUUGCUUGGAGAAGUCAGAGUACUGUUCUUAGUCUCUCUCUGUCUCUGUCUCUGUAUCUGUCUCUGUCUCUGUCUCUGUCUCUGUCUCUGUCUCUGUCUCUGUCUCUGUCUCUGUCUCUCUGUCUCUGUCUGUCCGAGUGUUUUCUAUCUAUUACUCUGUGCCUUGUUUGUUUAAUGUGGUCAUGUUGCUUCAAUGCAGUCACCUGAUGUGCUUAGUUCAACAGUAGUCGUCUACAGGAGAACUUUAACACACACCUCAAGAAAAAAAAGGACACUCCCAGAUCAAACACACAUCGCCAGAGUCUGUGAUGGCAAUCUCUCUCUCCUCCUUAUGCACCUGCUAAGGUUAAUAGCUUGUUGUCAUGGUAACCUGAUGUCACUUUGUUUGGGGGGGGUUCUUCCCUGGCCAUAUCUUAAUAUUGACAAUCUCCCUCUGGGAUGGGUGGUUAUUAAAGACACGUGUGUUUUGUAUACACUUCUGAAGCCAGACAUCGAGAGCUUCCAGGUAUCGCUCUUAUUAGUCCAGUAAACUCAGUUUAAAUAUACCAGAUUAAUGGCAAACUAUUGUUAGGAUUUGUAGUCCUCCACCGUGACUGUUGACCGUUAGAGGUGACUCUUUUGUGUUUUACCAAAGGGACAGCCAGGUCUGUCACGACUCCAUCUAGUUCAGGGGGUCAUGUAGGUCACAAAAAAAGGGUUUGUGUGUUAAUGUUGGCGUUUGUGGACGGACCCUUGUCUGUAAUCAGUGAAUCAAUCUCGUGUUCUCAUUACUCAUCACAGUUGCCUUUUGUUGCAUGAUCAUACUUUUUACAUUUCUAGUUGUCGUUGGUGGUGUUACUGUGUAUGAUGUUGAUGUACCUUAUUGUAUUAAUUUGUUUAUGGAAGCCAAAGGUUACUUUUAAUUAUAGCCUGCACAAACGUUGAUUUUUACUUUCUUGCUUUUUUUUUAAACAUGUCUGUUUACACCUGUAUCUGUAAAGAAAAAAAAACCUUGCAUAUAUAAAUACAUAUAUGAUUAAUCUGCCUUGGUGGUUUCAUUUUAAUUGUAGUGGUAUCACUUUAAUCAUGUUUUCUGCUGAUAUAUACGUAUUGAUACCUGACUAAUUGGCUAAUAACAUACAAACAACUCUAUAAUUAAAACAGAACAAACCUUGCUUCUAGAAUAUGAAGCGUGGGCAGGUUGUGGACUUGCUUCAGCUCUGCUGGAACCCUCCCUUUGUGUAGCAGUGGAGCUUGUGUACUGGGGACUGAUUCAUGGAGGAUUAUAGCUGAACCUAGCCACAGAACACAGGAGAUACGUUGAGCGGAGGUAAACAAGGCCCUUAUUAGUCUGUUUGUGGUGUUUCUGAAGAAGAGUGGAGAAAUCUCUCGCUCCCCCUCUUGCUCUCUGUGUAUUGGAUGUGAUAGAAAGCUGUGUGUCAACAGAGCAAGUCAGCAGUUCCACUGGUCCGGUCACCCUGUCUUCCCCGCUCUCCUUCUGCUCUGCCAGUGCUGCUGUUUAUCCUCAUCCUGAUCGGUCUCCGCCUGAAGCAUGCAUCCCGAGCGUCCUCUCCCCCAGGCCAUGCCCUCCUCCCUGGGGCAGAACCUUCGUGACAUGGCCAUGGGCCUGGGCCGAGGCAAGAACCUCCUGGGUGGGAACAUCGCCUAUGGGUUCAUCCGGUCCAUGAAGGAGUGCCUGUACUUCCUUCUCUGCUGCUGGUGCAUCAAAGAGAUCCUGGACUGAGUGACCACAGAAGAUAGGAGAUUAUAUUGUUCAACAAUUUAUUCUCAAACUUUUUGAUUUUGUUACUCUGUAGCCUCCCUGAGCAUACCCUUCUCUACUCUGGAUUGUUUAUUUUACUUUUUAUCGGACAGGAAGGAUAGAGUAAGCAAAACUGAAUGUAAUGAUGCUCCGCGGGAUUCGGGACAACUGGUUGCGUGUUCAUAACCCAACGUAACUCAUGAGGCCAGCGGAGAUAUGUCACUUCAUUGUGAAGCUGGCUCUAAAACCACAAUGAUGAAGACAUAAAUACACUAAAGGCUGAACCAAUAUGAACAAAUUUGAAGAACUGUGAUUAAAUAAUGUUUUCCUUGAUACAAUUAUUGUGUUACUUAUAAUUAUGUAUGUUCUAUUCUAACCGUCUUACCUUAAGACAGUGUUUAAAUUCUACUUCCGAUUGCAAUUUUAUUUUGUAUUUACAGAAUUGUUAUAUUUAUUAAUUUUAGACAUUUCUGUAUAAUAAGGACAAGUAUUUGUAGCAUACGUUACUCGUAUCACUAACUGAUACAUACAACCAAAUCCAAAAUAUGAAUAGUCAUAGUUCUACUCGAACCUGCAUGCCUAUUCUGGUAUAAAGUUUUUCAUAGCGUAAAGUCAAUUAUUGAAUUAGCAUUUGUCACUUUCAUCUGCUAGCGUCAAUCUUUGGAUCCCUUCCAUUUGUUCGAUUUAGCCCCAUGUUGUGAUUGGCUGAGCUGCUCAAUGGUGGGCGGGCUCAAUGUGAACAGUCGAACAACAGGCCAGUAGGAGAACAUAGAAGACAUGUUAUAAGUUCAGUAAAUAGUGGAAAGGACCAAUAUUAAUAGUGUAGGUUUAGAGCUGGUCUACUGGAAGAAGGUAAGAACGGCAUGCAUUUAAAGUUGGUUUACCUUUUGAUUCAAUUCAAGACAGAUUGACAGAAUUUGAGCAAAUAUUUUAAUCGCGCUGUUUGACAGCCUGACAGACUUUUCCUGGUUGCUCAUGUGUUUUCAUGAGACUACUAUAUCCACAGGUAGGCUAUAUAGGAGUAUAGAUGUGUACAUUGAUUGAACCUUGGCCUAUAGGCUUUAACAGUCAAUGGACCGAUAUUUCUUUAGCUAGACCGAUAGUGCUAGAUAAAGAAACUAUCGAGAUGUUUCUGUGGAUACAGUUUAAAAUGAUGCUUCACUUCUCGCUUUGGAUGAUGUAUAGACUAUAUAAUGUAACAUCCUGCAGGACGCUGCAAGAAACAACAUUGCCUAGGUUGCGCAGCAAAUAUUCAUGAUACGAAGGAUGGAAAGUUAUUUGUUGACUCUCGGAGAGGCCAUCACUGAGUUCAAAACGUACAUAACAUUACCAUUUUUGGUAAUUACUCGGUUGUCUUAUUAAUAUAACUGAUAAGCACCCACAACGGGAAGUGGGUAGGACAACUGUUGGCCUAUGUGGACAUAAGUUAUUUCCAAUGAAAAUGGAACAAAUUAUGCAUUGUGAGCAUUAUUAUUAAUUCAUUAUUAGUUAUUACAAUAAAGUUGGACGAUUCAAAAUUGUUAUCAUAAUUUAUUACAAUACCAAUGUCCAGUGUACAGAAAUUGUCUGGAAACUGAAAGAGGGCAAGAUGGCCUCGAUGGAGGUAGGAAUUCGAGAGAGCUCAUGGAAUGGGAAACACUCUUGACUAUCAAAACCUGUGGCGGACCAGCUAUUGCAAAUUAUAUUUUCCUCUUAAAAAUGAUUGAUUGUUUUUUAUAAUCUGACCUUAAACAUCCUUCAAAAACAUGCUGCUGCUUUGUCUUCCCUUGAACAAGAUAGGAUCUGCGUGUGUCUUCAUUCCAGUCAAUCUUCCCCUGGCUAUAUUUAGCGGAUAUCUAUUUAAGCCCAUUCCACUUUAUGCUGCACAAUGCUCUGUUGGCCCAGGGCUCCAUUCUCAAGACGUUCUCAAGGGAGGCACCUGAUUGGAGGACCUAAAUUUCGUCUCUGUGAGAGAAUUGAGUGUUUAAUUUCACAAUAAAAAAAUAAUCUGGUGUAAAACUAACACAACUAACUAGUGUUGCAUGCACAAAAAAAUGUUUUUUUUUGCCACAAAUUACUUAUUUA